CUACUCCCAGAUGAUUCCAAAAUUAAACACAGCGUUUCAUAUUCUCCGCUCUCCACCAACUUUCAACACACAUGAAGUGAACCCGUGAUUUAGUGUCAUUUUUCAGUAAAUUUUCUUUUUAAUGGAUAAUUAGUGUUUUGUGGUGAAUAUAUAACGCUGUAUCAUGGACCUGGGAACAGAUAUAUGGGGUCAACUGGCCCUGGAAGCCAGUCAAGUCUAUUUGACAGAAGAUGGCAAAGUCCGGAGCCCAUUCGCAAACACGACAAUCGAGAAAUUACCCGACAAAGUUUUAUUAAAUAUAUUUUCGUAUUUAUCACACCGGGAAAUAUGCCGCAUGGCUAUGGUCUGCAAACGGUGGCGCCUAGUAGCAUACGACACCAAGCUAUGGACGCACGUCAGUCUACGACCUGAAAUAUCUGGAUUACACGUCGGGUCAUUGGAAUCGCUUUUGGCAUUGAUAUCAAUAAGAUUCGGACCGUCUCUUCGUUACAUAGAGCUGCCAAUCGAGCUGAUCACACACACUGUUCUGCACGAGUUGGCCGCGAAAUGUCCUAAUUUGACCCACAUGCUACUUGAUUUCAGUACUGCCAUGCAGCUGCACGACUUCUCCGAGAUGCAGGCGUUCCCCACGAAGUUGCGCUACCUGUGCAUCUGCCUGUCCGAGGUGAUCUUCAUGGAGGGGUUCAUGCGGAAGAUAUACAACUUCAUCAACGGCCUUGAGAUUCUACAUCUUAUUGGAACGUAUGAGAAGAUAGAAGAGGAAGAGGAGGAAAUCUACGAAGUGAUCAACGUGCACAAGUUGAAGUCCGCCACGCCCAACCUGCGCGUGAUCAACCUCUACGGCAUCAACUUCGUGGACGACUCGCAUAUUGACGCUUUCAGCUCCAAUUGCAUACAGUUGGAGUGCCUCGCAGUGAACUUCUGUAAUAAGGUCACGGGUUCCACCAUGAAGACACUGUUCCAACGUUCCCGACGUCUCACCUGUCUGCUCAUGAAUGGCUGCAGUCUUCAAUCAGAGCACGUCAUGGCGGUCGAGUGGGAGAAGUCCUCUAUCCAAGAACUGGAUGUGACAGCCACAGACUUGUCCACGGAAUGCCUCAUCGACAUGUUGACUCGCGUGCAGAACCUCCGCUUCUUGAGCGCCGGUCAGAUCAACGGGUUCAAUGAUUCCGUGCUCAAGGCCUGGCUGGAAGCUGGGACUGCCAAGAACCUUGUCGCCCUGGACGUGGACUCGUCCGACAGUUUGAGCGACGAGGCGCUCCACCGUUUCUUGUCGCGCUACGGCUCGCAGUUGUGGGGGCUGGUGUUGAGCGGCAUGCCGCACAUCACGGAUCAGCUGUGGCAGAGCGUGCUGCAGCUCUUGACUAACGCCAAAAUAUUAAUAAUGGGAACACAGGAGAGACUUGGAGUCAACAUUCACGUUGAUCAGCUAAUGGACGGCAUAGCGAACAACUGUCCCAACUUGGAGCGCCUGGAACUCCGCUGGGACCCGGAGAACCUCCGCUUCAGCGACAAGAGCCAGAAGGCCAUCGACAUUCUGCGUGUCAAGUGCCUUAAGCUGAAAUGUCUCGUGCUCAGUGACGGCCGCUACUACGAGAUCGUGAAAGCCAACUUCGAGCGCGCUGACCGCACCACCGUCGUCCGCACCUCCACCAACUGCCGCGUGUCUAAUUAUUAUCUGCUGUCCAAUUAUAAGGAGCUCAUAUUCAACUAGAGUAACUAAACGUUCAGCGCCGAUCACGACACAGUGUCGUGAACGAUAACUUUAAGACCGCACCUCCA